AUGGCGCCUAACAGAGUGAUUGUCGUUGGUGGUGGAUUGUCCGGCCUGAGUGCCGCUCACACCGUCUACCUGAACGGUGGUAACGUCCUGGUUCUGGACAAGCAGAACUUCUUCGGAGGCAACUCCACCAAGGCCACGUCCGGUAUCAACGGCGCUCUCACGCGCACCCAGACGGAUCUGGGCAUCCAAGACAGCGUCAAGCAGUUCUACGAGGAUACUCUCAGGUCCGCCCGAGACAAGGCCCGUCCAGACCUGAUCAAGGUCCUCACCUACAAGUCUGCCUCGGCCGUCGAAUGGCUGCAGGAUGUCUUCAACCUGGACCUUACUCUGGUGUCCCGUCUGGGAGGCCACUCCCAACCCCGUACCCACCGUGGCCAUGAUGCCAAAUUCCCCGGCAUGGCUAUCACCUACGCUCUCAUGCAGAGAAUCGAGGAGUUGGCGGAGGCCGAACCGGAGCGGGUGCAGCUCCUCAAGAAGGCCCGUGUCACCGGCAUCAACAAGAACGGCAACCAGAUCACGGGUGUGACCUACGAGUACAACGGCGAAACCCACACCGCGGACGGUGUUGUCAUUCUGGCAACCGGUGGAUACGCCGCCGAUUUCACGGAGGAUUCGCUCCUGAAGAAGUGGCGCCCGGACACCUUCCACCUGUCGUCCACCAACGGCACUCACGCUACCGGUGACGGUCAGAAGAUGCUGAUGGCCAUUGGCGCCAAUGCCAUCGACAUGGACAAGGUCCAGGUGCACCCGACCGGUCUGGUCGACCCCAAAGACCCCAAUUCCAAAUGGAAGUUCCUGGCUGCCGAAGCUCUGCGUGGUGAAGGUGGUAUCCUCCUCAACUCGGACGGCCAGCGCUUCGCCGACGAGCUGGGUCACCGCGACUACGUCUCCGGCCAGAUGUGGAAGGAGAAGGAAAAGGGCAAAUGGCCCAUUCGCCUGGUGCUCAACAGCAAGGCCUCCAACGUCCUGGACUUCCACACCCGCCACUACUCCGGCCGUGGCCUUAUGAAGAAGAUGACCGGUAGGGAGCUGGCUAAGGAGAUCGGCUGUGGUGAGGCCGCGCUGAAGAAGACCUUUGACGAGUACAACGAGAUCGCCGAGGGCAAGAAGAAGGACCCUUGGGGCAAGAAGUACUUCCACAACAUGCCCUUCAGCAUCGACGACACCUUCCACGUUGCCUUGAUGGAGCCUGUGCUGCACUUCACCAUGGGUGGUAUCGAGAUCAACGACAAGGCCCAGGUCCUGAACUCCGAGAAGAAGCCCUUCGAGGGUCUCUACGCUUGCGGUGAGCUGGCGGGUGGUGUCCACGGAGCCAACCGUCUCGGUGGUUCGUCUCUCUUGGGCUGUGUCGUCUUUGGCCGUGUGGCUGGUGACAGUGCUAGCCAGUAUCUCUUCCAGAAGGUCCUCUCCGAGGGUGCAUCGACGGCUCAGCAGCGUCUGGGCCAGAUCUCCCUGCACAUCGACCCGUCCACGCCUGGCAAGAUCUCGGUGGAGUGGAACAACGCCAAGUCCGACGGGAAGGACACAGCUUCUACUCGCGUGGAGGCUCCUACGGCGGCUGCCGGCACACCUGCUGCUUCUUCCUCAUCCAAUGCCUCUGCCGCUCCUGCAAGCAAGGCCAACAAGGCCUCCUCGGGACCGGCGGAUGUUGCAAACUUCAAGAUCCCUGACAAGGAGUUCACGAUGGAGGAGGUUGCCAAGCACAACAAGAAGGAUGACCUGUGGAUAGUCGUCAAGGGUGUGGUGUUGGAUAUGACCAACUGGCUCGAUGAGCACCCAGGUGGCGCCCAGGCUCUGUUCAGCCACAUGGGCCGUGACGCUUCUGAGGAAUUCGAGAUGCUUCAUGACGAUGAGGUCAUUCCCAAAUAUGCCCCCCAGAUUGUGAUUGGCCGUGUAAAGGGCCAGAAGCCUCGCCUGCAGUUCUAA